GCGGCGGCGGCGGGAGCGCGCCCGGAGCUGCCCUACGCCGAGGGCGCGCCCGCUCCGCCGCCCGCCUCCUGCUGCAGCCGCGGGCGCGGCCACCGGGCUGCGGCCCCGCCGCACCGGCCCCGGCGGGGCGGGGAUCCCGGAGGCAGCCGCCGGGGCUCGGCGGGGGGGCGAUGCUCGGCCGCGCUCCGCGCAGCAUCCCGCCGCCCGGGCGUCCCCGCCAGCAGCUCCGCGCGGCGCCGGGGCUGGGGGCCGCGGGGCGGCGAGCCCGCCGGUAGCGGCCGGGGCCGGGGGCGCUCCCGGCAGCGGGAUCCCCCCCCCCUCUCCGCCCCCGCGGGCGCCCCGGCCCCUGCGCCCGCUGCCCGCGGACGAUGCUCCUGGGCGGCGGCCGGACCUUCGCCCGCUGCCCGGCCCGCGGCUCCCGACUGCCGGCGCUGCCCCGGGGACCGGCGGCCUGGCUCGGGCGCCGCGUCCCGGGCGGCGGUUCUCGGCCUCGGCAGGGCGGCAUGACCCCCCGGCGGGGGCCCGGCGCUCGAGGGACGGCGAGAAAGGAGCAAGCUCCGGGGCCACGCUCGGCCUCCGGCCGGGAGCCCUAGGCCAGCUCUCUGGCCGGGAUGCGAAGGUACCGGUGAGGCCGGUUCUGUUCCCAGGACACCCCGCGGAGCUUCUGGGGACCCCGGGUCCCGUGUGGCGGCGGGCGCUGCCCGAAGCACCCAUCCCAGGGGACAGGGAAGAGCCGCCGUCAGCAUCCUCCGGGAGGUGGAAGGUGGAGCCCGGCCCGUUCCCGCAGAGCAUCCGUUCCUGCUUCCCCCGGGCCGGCCCCGUCCUGGCGCGGUGCCACCGGCUGCCCCGGGGCCCUGGGGCCGGCCGCCCCUGCUCGCCACCCGGGGCAGCCAUGCCCUCCCCCAGCGACUCCAGCCGCUCGCUGACCGGCCGCACAUCCCGCAGCCUCACCCACCUUCGUGUCCGGCGGACCUGGCUGCAGAUCCUGCUGGUGCUGGGCUUCAUCCAAGUGAUCCUGGGUGUCCUGAUUGUCACCUUCAGCCUGGUGGCAGCCACCAUCACGCCCUCUGCCAAGAUCCGGCACUCCUGCCCGUCUUGGGCAGGCUUCUCGCUGGCUCUGUCUGGGCUCGUCGGCAUCGUCUCCUGGAAGCGGCCACUCACCCUGGUGAUCACCUUCUUCACAUUGCUGUCGGUGCUGGGCGUCAUGCUGAGCCUCGCCGGGUCCAUCCUGUCCUGCCAGAACGCACAGCUGGUGAAGUCCCUGGAGGCCUGUGAGAGGGAGAGGGACUCAUGUGUCUGCUGCCAGGCCCACUCAGAGCCUCUGCCGGCCUCCUGCAGCCAGCAGAGCGAGAUGCUGACCAUGUUCCCCAACCCUGACUGCUGGAGCAUCCGUGUGGCACUGAAGGAUCUCCUCUUCAGCGUCUGCGGCUUGACUAUCUUCUCCACCAUCAUCUGCACGCUCUCUGCUGUUGUGUGCUGCAUCCAGAUCUUGUCCCUUGACAUCGUCCAUGUGCUGGUCCCUCAGCGCUCAAGCUCUGUGACACUGGAAUGCACGUCCCCCCCCAACACCUUUCUGCAGAGCAUGAUGGACUUCGAGGAGUUCGUGCCCCCAGUGCCGCCACCCCCCUACUACCCGCCCGAGUACACCUGCAGUUCCGAGACUGAUGCGCAGAGCAUCACCUACAAUGGCUCCAUGGACAGCCCUGUGCCCCUCUACCCAACUGACUUCCCCCCUUCCUAUGAGACAGUGAUGGGGCUGCGAGGCGACAGCCAGGCCACCUUGUUUGACUCGCAGCUGACGGACGGCUCGCACGCCUGCACCUGCGACCGUGUCCCCUCCAUCGUGCUCAGCGGAGAAGUGUCUAUGGACAGCGGGUCCCUGAUCAUGUCUGAGAUCAUGGACAUCCCCGGGGACAGCAGCCCCUCGGAGGACUCGUGCCUGCUGGAGCUGCAGGGCUCCAUGCGCUCCGUGGACUACGUCCUCUUCCGCUCCAUCCAGCGCAGCCGCGCGGACUACUGCCUGAGCGUGGACUGCGUGCAGUGCAGCCACCACGCGCGCAGCCCCACGCUGGGCUUGCAGGGGCCCUUCGAGGAGGUGCCACAGCCCCGGGUGCGGGGGGAGCGCUCCUACUCCUGCUCCACAGCAGAGCCCAGCCACAACGGCAUCUUGGUGGGGGGAGCCGUGACCCACAGCUGCAAUCGCCUGGAGGGGCUGGCCCGCUGCGUUGGCCCCUGCUUCCCCGAGGUGCGGCUCAAGGAGAAGGGCUCACUGCAGGGCCGUGGGGGUGGCUGCCCCACGGGGCCCGGCGCUGGGCGCCUCUGCCACCCACGACGCAACAGCGAGACCUCCUGCCCCUCAUCCCCAGCCCCGGGGCUGAGCCAGCGCCUGCUCAUGAGGUCACACAGUGACCCCGGUGUCCUAACAGCCGGUGAUGCUGAUUUCAGGGAAGUAAUUUAUACCAAAGCACUGGACGACACCAUGUCCAACUCCUCUGCGGAUGCAGGGCUGUGCUCGGAGGCCUGCCUGCUCCGCCGUUCGCACUGUGACUCCCCCUUGCUGCUCCGGGCUGGCUCGGCAGGGAAGAGCAAGCUGCUGCCCUCCAAGAAGGUGACGCAGCAGCUGUCAAAGACGACGACCCGCUCCCUGGGGGACCUGAAGGUCUGCCGGGGCACCCGUGGGCUAGUGGCCAGGUUCCUGCAGAGACCCAAGCGCAGCCCAGCAGCUGGUGUGGAGGUGCCUGGGCACAGCUCCCAGGGUCACAAGCAGGUUCCCUGGAGUGCCUGGCCGGGAGCAGAGCGGUCCCAUGAAGGCAUCCACCUGCAGAGCUGCGGGGACCUGAGCUCGACCUCAUCCCUGCGCCGGCUCCUGUCCGCCCGCCGGCUGGAGCGCAGCCGCCCGCGGAGCCUCAGCGGGACCUGCAAGGAGAGCGUCCUCUGACUGUGCUCCCCCAGCCACGGCGCAGCCUCUGCGGGGACCCUCCCAGCGUCCUGGUGCAGAGAUGGGUGUCCCACUCCGGGCCAUGGCCCUCAGACAUUGCUGCUGCCCUGCGGGGCUGGGCCAUGCGCUGCUGCCCUGGGGCCUCUUCAGAGCCCCUUCCCCAGGCAGGGCCAGGGCAAGGGGCUGGUCCCCUGGGGUGUCUGCUGGGGGGCUGAGGUGGCCACGCCUGUCCCCUGCCCUGUCCCCUGUGCCGGCUGUGCCUGUCCCUGUGCCAGCCAUGCCUCUGCCCUGGGAUGGCCGUGCCUGUCCCCUGCCCUGCCCCCCUUGCGCUGGCUGUGCCUGUCCCCCGCCCUGUCCCCUGUGCCAGCCGUGCCUGUACCCGGGGGCGGCCACGCCUGUCCCCUGUGUCCCCCCCCUGCCCCGCACCGGCCGUGCCUGUCGUCCCCCGACCCACCGUGCCUGUCCCCCGUCUCCCCCCUCACCGGCCGUGCCUGUCGCCCGCGCCAGCUGCGCCCGCCCCUUGCCCAGCCCCUCCGCCCCGGCCCGCACCGGCCGUGCCCGGUCCCCGGUCCCUCGCGCUGGCCGUGCCCGCUCCCUCGCCCGGCUGCGCCCGGGGACGCGCUGCGGGGCCGGUCCCGCGGCGCUCGCAGCCGCGCUGCCCCUCGCUAGAGACCGAAUAAAGGUGGUCGCCGCCCGCCCGGGGCCCAGCGGCCGGUG